AUGGUUUACGAUGGCAGGCCGAGCAAGGGCUGUGGUAAUUGCCGCUCGCGCAAGGUCCGAUGCGACCAGACCCGGCCGACUUGUCGAGAAUGUGCUCGACUCAAUCUAGAUUGCGUUGGAUACCGCGAUGAGCUGACGCUGAUGUUCCGAGACGAAAGCGAGUCGGUUAAACGUAAAUCGCGUUCUUCUAAGUCUUCUUCCUCAGCCUCCAUGACAAGCUCUUCAAAACGUCAGGAGCGGCUACGACCAGGCCGUACUGUUUUAUAUCACAGGAAUGCGGCAUCAUCAUCGACCGGCGAAUCAUCUGCCUCGUUCGAUGAAACAGUGCUCGACUUUGGGUCCGAUCCUGAUCCUCAAUUUCUGACGCGCCAGCUUAGGCGGAGCCCUCUCGGAACACAUCCCAAUUCGGGAAUGUCGAAGCAGGAGGCUAUCUGCUUUUUUCUCCAGUCGCAUGCCAUCCCCGGUAGUUCUCUCAUGACGGAAUCUUUGACCACUUUCCUCAUGCAGUCGGGCGGAUCCUUGGGCCAGCAGGCUGUACAAUCCAGUAUUAUAGCUGUUGCUAGUGCUAUGCUUGCGCGCAUCCGGAACGUCGGAUCAUUGAAACAGUUGGCGCGUCAGGAAUAUGGAUCCGCGCUCAAACUGGUCAAUCAGGCCCUUGCCAAUGCUGACGAGGCCAAGACGAACCAGACGCUUGGCGCAGUAGUCUUUCUAUCUUUAUACGAAAUUGUCGUAUCAAGAGCCCCACAGAGUAUCGAGGGGUGGACUAAUCAUAUCGGCGGUGCUGCAGCUCUGCUAGAAUACAGAGGGUUUGGCCAGCUUCGUAGCGAAGCCGGCAUUCGGCUUUUUUUACAUUUGAGAUAUCAGAUUAUCAUCAGCUGUCUGCAGCGUGACGUUCGGGUACCCGGUACUCUACUGGAAACCACGAAGCUCGAUCUCUUCCCACAACUGAAGGAAAUCCUUGGCAAUAAACUAAUUCUAAUUAUCGGGAAAUUGUCAAAUCUCCGCGCGGACAUUCACACAAGAGCAAUCGACAACCCCCAGAAAAUUCUCGCCGCCGCCUGUGCCAUUGAAGCAGAUCUUAUCGCCUGGCUGGUUGCUUUGCCAGCGGACUUUACGUACAGCACACAUACAUUAAUGCCCCUGGACCGCUCGUUCGAACGCCGAUGUCACGGCCUGCGGCCCCUAAACAACGAGUAUCAUCUCUAUCCCGACAUUUGGGCGCCCAGUUGCUGGAACCACUACCGCUGCGCACGUAUUAUGGUCAGCGAGAUCAUACUAUCACACACGCACCAGCUGUCUAGCAACCCUGCUGCCUAUCUCUCCGAAGACUUCCGUCUACACUGCAAGACUCUGCGUUCGACCAUCCGCCGCUUGGGCGUCGACAUCUGUCGCAGUGUCCCUUUCCACCUUGGAGUCUUUAACGCAGAGGCCCUACCAGACACCCCUAUCCUUCCUCGCGAGAGCUACAUCGGUGGCCUCAUGUUGCUCUGGCCACUGUUCAUUGCCGGCAUGGUCGAGGGCCCGACUCAUCCUCAACGUCAGUGGGCAAUACAGUGUCUUGAUGUAAUAGGACACUCAUGGGGAUUGGACCAGGCGCUGGCUAUCAUGGACCUUCUCAAAGUGGACCCGGGGAUGUUUUGCUCGGCGGAGAUAUAUGGUGAGGCGGCUGAUCUGCCGGUUCAGUCGCCAGAUGUGCUUCCUUUUUCGAUCUUUCAUAUCCCGUAUUAUAAGCUCUCUGCUAAGAGGGAGUAUCAAUUGGUCCGUGCGUCCUCGACAUGAGGAUAUUGGCUAUAUCUGGCUGGCGAAGUUCUAUCAGUCUCUUGGCCUUCAG